CGGGGCAUCAGGAUUUAGUGCUUCUUACACGCCCAUACCGGUACCACGCGCCCAUAUGCACGCGCUUCUCUCCCUUCACCGAUCGAUCCUCCUCGCCGAUCGAUCCACGAAGCGAAUCCCGCUCGCGGCAGUGCAGAAGACGUGCGGACCUCUGUCGAGCGUGUAACGCGAUUAUUCCUCGAUUCCCGAUCGAUCGAUUCACGUGCCGCGAUUCGCGAAAAAUUCGCGGGGAAUUUUCGUCGGCGUUGUUGACGGCUGUGCUUCUUUUUCUUCUUCUUCUUCUUUUGUCAUCGGAAAGGGGUGCAAGUGAUUCGAGGAAUGUUAUCCGGGUGACAGGCAAGUUUCCCCGUAAUGCCGGAAAUUCGAGUGGAAUUCGCGAGUAUAAACAGACAUCGAGAAGCGGCAAUCUAAUCCGGAACUCCUCGUAUCGAACCUCGAUUCUAUCCAAGUUACCCGCGCGAUACACCCGCGGGUAACUGGAAAGGCGCGACGACGACGAGGACGACAACGACGCUGGCACGUUUUAUUAAGAGAUAAAAAUGCAGUUAAAAACUAUUACACCGGGAGAAGCCACGCGUCGUUCUUGUAAAGGAGCAACGUUGGAGGAAGAUUCCGCUAGAUUCCCCUGUAAACUGCAUCCUGCAACUUUUGCCCGGGAGCACAUCCUUAGGUAAAUGAGCUCUUAUCUCGAGCUUCGCAAAAAGCGCCAAGUGUACACACCGUCCUUUCGCGCGCGCCUAACUAUACACACCCACACACACGAGCACGCCAAAUCCAUCGGGCUUGCUUCGAGUUCUUUAACCAGUUAUCCGCGGUUAUCGUGAAUAAAAAGAACGAAGAAGAAAAAGAAGAAGAAGAAGAAUAAUAAAAAGAAGAAGAAGAAGAAGAGGCUCGAGUGUACAUAACCAUAUAGUAACAGUGUUGGUGCAGUGUUCGUUCAAAGUGUCCAUACGAUGCGAACCAAGUGAAACGAGCCAUUUCUAAAAAACCUCUCCCCCUCUCUUCAUCUGUGUGUACGCGUCGUGUGGUGGCCCCGUGUGCAUGGUGGAAUGUUAGUGGCGGAAAGUCGGUUCGUUUCGAGUUGGUUGCGAAACCCUUUGUCACGCAGGGACAACAACAGGGAAGGAAGAAGACGGGAAGGAAGAAAGGAAGGAAGAAGGAAGGCGUGGGGCGUGGAGGAGGGAUUAUUAAAGCGGCCGGAUCCUAAUCCGGUUGCGUUGCUCGAGUUUACGUGGCCGAGGCGAAAACUAUGCGGCACGAGGCACGAUGAUGGGGCCAAGAAUCGGUGGUGGCCUACCGAGCGGGAAAAAGCUGGACCUGUGCCAGCAGCCGCGUCACACUUGGACAGUGUUGCUGGUGUAUUUGGGCAUCUGCGCCUUGCUGCCUGUCACGAUUCUCUCCGCGCCUGUACAACUUCGCGAAAUAUCGAAGGAGGGCCCGGAGAGGCGACCAAACGACGCCAAUAAUGACUCAGCCGAAGGGGAUUUACCCGUUUUUGAACCGACAGCGGCGAACGUCAGCGCAUUCGUCGGACAAACCGUGUACCUGCCAUGCCGUGUGCGAAAUUUGGGAGAUAAAGUGGUGUCCUGGAUGAGAAGCAGGGACCUUCACAUUCUCACGUCAGGAAACACCCUGUUCAGCUCGGACGCGAGAUUCGGACCUCUGCACACACCGGGUAGCGACGCGUGGACGCUCAGGCUGGACAACGCGAGGAAGACGGAUUCGGGCAAGUACGAAUGCCAGGUGAACACCGAGCCCAAAAUGAUGUAUGCUGUUCAGCUGUCCGUGCGAGAUCCUGACAAACCGGAGGGCUACGACGAGCCGCAUUCUCAGCAGACGCGAAUAAGUUACGAGAGCACGGCACCAGUGGCUGCGAUAAUGGGUCCACGGGAGCAGAGUGUGGCAUCGGGGUCGACCAUCACCUUGAGGUGCGUCAUAUUGUCCCCGUAUCAGACUCGGCCCAUCAGGGGCGUGCAAUGGCUCCGGGAUAACAAACUCCUAACAUUCCAGGCUGCACGAGGGGGAAUAAACGUGGAGACCGAAAGAGGCGCGGCUCGAACAGUGUCGGAAUUGACUCUGGCAGCGGUCACGCCGCACGAUGUCGGGAAAUAUUCGUGCAGACCGACCGAGGGGCGAACGGACACAGUGAUGUUGAUCGUCGAGCCAGGGGAACGUACGGAAGCCAUGCAACGUGACGCCGGAUACGUCUCUUCCGGAUGUGACGUGAGCCACUGGGCCGCCGGGCUCCUACUUCCGUUCUCGUGGUUUCUAAUACUCGCACGAAACAGCCAAACUUUCCUGCAAUAGUGCACACUCCGACACAGUAUUUCACGCGUGUUCCUCUCUCUCUCUCUCUUUCUCCCUAUCUCUUCUAAAUUCUCCCUCUAUAUUCCACCAAAGCGACGGCGGAUGGAGAAAGUACCUAGAAAUUCGACCAACGACCAUUAGAUACGUAAGUUAGAUAUUAAUAGGAAUUAUCGAUAGGAGAGGGUAACGAGGCGCCAUCCCACGUAACUGAAUGCCGGUACACCGGAAGUUUUCAUUUGAA